AUGAGAAGAAGAGGACCAAUGAGAAGAGGACCAGUUAUAGUUGCACCAAGAAGGGGUGUAGGUUUAGGUACAUUAGCAGCUGGUGUUGGUGUUGGUAUGUUAGCAUCAAGUGCUUCACGUCCCCAUUAUGCACCUCCACCACCACCACCACCACAACAAGUAAUUCAUACAUAUCAACAACUACCUCCACAAGUAAUUGUUCAACAACCAGGAGUUCAACCUCAAAUGAUAUUCGAUCCAGCAACAGGACAAUACUAUCAAGUUGCUCAACCACCUAUUGUUCAAACUACAACUGUCCAAAAUCCUUAUGGAUAUUAA